AUGACCACGACUGGCCCAAGAACGUCCACUUCACCCAUCACCAACUGCACAACCCCAGCCUAUCCCCCGACGCCUUUGCCAGUCAACCGACCAUUCCUUGGCUGCUUUGGUCAGCCCGCUUCGACCGCCAUCAUUUCUUCCUCAAACCCGCCAGAUUCCUCCGCUCCAAUUCCCCUCCGGUCCAUAACUUCUCAUUCCCGGCCCUCCUCAGAACUUUCCUCCUCGCUUAUCGACUCCUCACGCGAGAAGCAGGGCGCCCGGAGGUCUCCUUCGUCCUCUCCACCACCUUCAACCCCUUCAGAAUCCACCUUUUCAGUCUGGUCCGACACGGGGGACUUAGCAGAACAACUUGCCAACGAGGAGGACCCCUUGCAGAUACAGCUUCGAAAAUCCCUUGACCACGACGCGUUUAGUCGAACUGGCGCUGCUAGAAGGUCCCGUUCGAGGAGAGUUCGUUACGCGGAGCACGAGGAAGAGCGGAACAACCUUGGCCCCCGCGGAAUCUCGAAGGAAGCUAUUUGCAUCCCGGAACCUCCCCCCCGGAAACCCUCCCGAGUUGAAACAAUUCUAGCAUCCAUCAUGUCGCCCGGAAGCAGACGGACAGCCCAGAUGCACGGGCUGGUGGGCAAGCCGCUCUUGUAUUUCACUAGUGUUUUUGUAUCAUUAGGCGUCUUCUUAUUCGGAUAUGAUCAAGGCGUUAUGUCGGGCAUCAUCACUGGCCCAUUCUUUAAGGACUACUUCAACCAACCGACGCGGGCGGAGAUUGGUACUAUGGUUGCUAUCCUCGAAGUCGGUGCUUUUAUUUCGUCGCUUUGCGUUGGAAAAGUCGGUGACAUCAUUGGCCGAAGGAGGACUAUCCUCUACGGAUCUAUUGUCUUCUUCAUCGGUGGUGCUUUCCAGACCUUUGCCACGGGCAUACCCAUGAUGUUGGUAGGCCGUAUCGUUGCUGGUCUUGGGGUUGGAGCCCUUUCUACUAUCGUUCCCGUUUACCAAUCUGAAAUCUCGCCGCCCCAUAACCGUGGACAGCUCGCUUGCAUUGAAUUUACAGGAAACAUCUGCGGCUAUGCCGCUAGUGUUUGGGUAGAUUACUUCUGCAGUUUCAUUAAUAACCAUUAUUCCUGGCGCCUGCCGUUGUUUUUCCAAUGCAUCAUGGGCGCCCUCCUAGGGGUUGGUAGUCUGAUUAUCUGCGAGUCGCCCCGGUGGCUCUUGGAUAAUGACCACGACGAAGAAGGGAUGGUUGUCAUCGCAAACCUGUACGGGCAGGGUGAUAUCCACAAUGACAAGGCUCGCCAGGAAUACCGCGACAUCAAGAUGGACGUUCUCAUUCAGCGCCAAGAAGGGGAACGAAGUUACGCAGACAUGUUCCGUCGCUAUCAUAAACGUGUUUUCAUCGCGAUGUCAGCCCAAGCCUUUGCUCAACUGAACGGCAUCAAUGUUAUUUCUUAUUAUGCACCGCUCGUAUUUGAAUCUGCCGGCUGGGCCGGUCGACAAGCAAUUUUGAUGACUGGCAUAAACGCACUGACCUAUCUCGCUUCAACCGUCCCUCCAUGGUAUUUGGUGGACCGCUGGGGAAGGCGCCCGAUACUCUUAUCUGGUGCCGUGGCGAUGAUCAUUUCUCUCAGCUUUAUCUCUUACUGGAUCUACCUCGAUAUCCCAGGAAUCACCCCGAACCUGACAGUCAUUUUCGUGAUGAUCUACAAUGCCGCGUUCGGAGCAUCGUGGGGACCCAUUCCGUGGCUUUAUCCUCCUGAGAUCUUGCCUCUAAGUAUCCGUGCGAAAGGUGCAAGUUUGAGUACCGCCGCCAACUGGGCGUUCAACUGGCUUGUCGGCGAGCUUACCCCUGUGCUUCAAGAGUUGAUUCACUGGCGCCUUUAUUUAAUGCACGCCUUCUUCUGUGCAACCAGCUUCGUUGUGGUUUACUUCCUCUAUCCGGAGACAAGUGGUGUCCGCCUCGAAGAUAUGGAUGUUCUUUUCGGAGACGCCACUGCGGCAAUGCCCACUCCCGUCACUCCAGCCGAACGCAGUGCUCUUAUGGGUCAGGGUUCACCGGUACCAUCCCUGGACAUCCGCCGUAGUACUGAAGGCCGAGUUCCUCCGGAAUACGCCAUCCCUGGACUCAACAUCGAACCUCCAACGUCUAGCGGCGACAAUGGCAAGACUGGAAAGUCUGUCGAGGAAUCUGGUCGCAGCGAAGGCAUUGGAGGAUGGAUAUCUAACAUGGUCCGGCGUGGAAGGCGAGGAAAGAAGAACGAUGACCAAGGAGAGUAUCGCCGAGUCGAUCAGGACGAGGAAGGUUGA